AUGAAGUUGUCAUUAAAGAAUUUGGGAUUGUCAAUCGGACUCGUGUCGGGUGUUGUGUCCCCGGUCCUAGCAUUAGGUGCUGAAGAUUGGAAAAAGCAAUCUAUAUACUCUGUUUUAACCGAUCGAUUUGCUACAAAGGACGUAGUUCCUCGUUGCAACAUUCGUUUGCAAGAGUACUGUGGAGGAGACUGGAGUGGAAUACAAGAUCAUCUUGACUAUAUCCAGGAACUGGGCUUCACAGCACUUUUACUUUCUCCUGUCGCAGAAGUGGUUGAAAAUACUGAGAAAUCGAAUUUGUGUAAAGGUUACCAAGGAUAUUCGUAUCGCCUCAAUACCCGUUUUGGCACCGAAAAAGAGUUACGAGAGCUUUCUGAUGCACUUCAUAUGCGUGGCAUGAACUUGAUGGUUGAUGUGGUAAUUAAUCAUUUGGAUCUCCAUGAAGUAGGUGAGAUAAUUGACGAGGAAUAUGAUUCUUCUGACGAAGAAGACAAUGAUGAUGAGAAUUGCGUUGUACUUGACGAUGAAGAUUCAACUGAUGAAGACGACUCAAUUCCUUGUGAAGAAUGCAGCUUUCCGGACCACAACGAUGAAGAUUCAACUGAUGAAGACGACUCAAUUCCUUGUGAAGAAUGCAGCUUGCCUGACCACAACGAUGAAGAUUCAACUGAUGAGGACGACUCAAUUCCUUGUGAAGAAUGCAGCUUGCCUGACCACAACGAUGAAGAUUCAACUGAUGAGGACGACUCAAUUCCUUGUGAAGAAUGCAGCUUUCCGGACCACAACGAUGAAGAUUCAACUGAUGAAGACGACUCAAUUCCUUGUGAAGAAUGCAGCUUGCCUGACCACAACGAUGAAGAUUCAACUGAUGAGGACGACUCAAUUCCUUGUGAAGAAUGCAGCUUGCCGGACCACAACGAUGAAGAUUCAACUGAUGAGGACGACUCAAUUCCUUGUGAAGAAUGCAGCUUGCCUGACCACAAUAAAAAUCUGAUUUUUAUUAAGGAAGCAUUAAAGGAAUAUAUACACUCAUUUGUGAAGGACUUCAAGGUCGAUGGAAUUCGUAUUGGCUCAGCAAAUCAUUUUCCCAAAGAAUAUCUACCAGAGUUUUGUGAAGCAGCUGGAGUGUAUUGCAUGGCGGAGUCAUUGUCGCAAGAUGCAAUUGAAAUUUGCGAUGGACAAAACUCGAUUGAAGGAUUGAUGAAUCAUCCGGUUGAGGAUGCAGCCAGAGUGGCUUUUCUUUCUAGCAACCUCGAUGGAAUGAUCAAUUUGGCUGAUGCAAUGACAGAUAUCCGUGGUCUUUGUCGUGACCCUCUAUCUUUGGCAAAUUUUGUUGAGACCCCUUACUUAUCAAGAAUGGCGUCCAUCACCAGCGAUCCUGCUGCCCUUAAGAAUGCGAUCGCAUUUCUUCUUAUGGGUGAUGGCAUUCCUAUAAUGUAUUAUGGUCAAGAGCUUGCAUUGAGAGGUACUACUGAUCCUUAUACUCGGCCAGUUUUUUGGGAAAAAGGCUUUCCUAAAAAAAAUCCUUAUUACUACUUUACCUCUGUCGUUAACAACUUUCGCAAUGCUAUGUUUAAAAGUGACAGUGGGGAAACCUUCUUGACUUCUCAAUCCGAUAUUAGCAUUGUUGAUGGCAGAGUAAUGUUGCUUCAGCGUGGAGAAGUAAUCACGGUACUUAAUAAUUUGGGCUCGUUUUAUAUCCGUUUUCACUAUACUGUCUCUGCUCUCGAACACAAGUGGAUUGACAUUAUUACUUGUAAGACUGUUCCCGUGGAAGAUAAUCGUCAAGUUUUUAUAAUCCGUAAUGGCGAUCCUAUGAUUCUGUACCCCGAAUAUAAGAGUUAUGAACUCGGUAUCUGUCCUUCUCCUAGCAUUCCUACCGAAGACAGGUUCUUCGCUACUCCAGUUUCAGAUCCCUCUUCGUCUUUUUCUUCAACCUUACCAGACCCAGAGGGCCCUCAGGCCUCCAAAGCAACAGAACCAAAGCAAAGUGCAAACAGUAUAAUUAUUGCAUUGUUUGUUUCUUUGAUUAUGAUUUUGUGA